AUUUAAGCACUACUAAGCUUUGUGGAGAAUGGUUAACAAGCAACCUGAAACUAGCGAUUCAACAGGGGAACAUGACACUCCAGUUCUCCACCUCACCACUAACGAACCCGAUUAUAGUGAGCUCCACCGAUUUUCAUUUGCUGGACAGUUACUCGCGGAGGACAGUGAUAUCCGUAGCGGGUUAGUCUAUGGCAUUUUAAAGAGUGCCUGGAGACCGAAAGGAGGACUUGAAGUGCACGAACAAUCUAAGAACACUUUUAUAUUUAUCCUCUCGGAUGAAACAGAGAAAAACAAAAUCUUUCGAGAGUCUCCUUGUGCAUGGCCUCCCAAAGGGAUGUAUGACUCUGGAGAAUGUCCAGCGAAUUGGGUCCUUAUUUCCCCGUUUAAUCUCAUGGGACCAAUCUACCCUAAGAGAUGUGGGAUGUUGGGCCAUAUACAAAAGUCCUGUGAUGACUUUAGAUGGAAGGAUGAUGACAGCAACUACAUCUCUCAACCCAGACCACAAUAUGGACCACAGUUGAGGACAGUAGCCUACUCACCCAAAAAGCAUUUUGGUUCCAUCCAAGAAGGGGCCAAAUCUCAACCAAUUUAUCAUGCAAAACUAUUACCAAAAGCACUAGACAAACUGGAAACUAGAUCAUCGUCCAACCCCACAAUUUCAACACAACAGAGAACGGCCAUCAAUGAAGAAGACCACUCAACGAUGAGACGUGAAGAACAACAAGAAGAAGAGCGCGUGAACCACGCUCCUGCCCUGUUAUCCCCAGCAUUAAAUGCCUUUGAAGGGCAGUCACCGAGUGAUAUGAUUACCUCUUCUGAUUUAAGUGCAGAACCUCCACCACCCUCAGGUGCCACGCAACUGAAUAGGCUGCUUCUAUUAAAUGAGGUGAUGACAACACCACAAUGCUUUGGUUCAAGAAAGCUUCCAGAUUCUCCUAGCGGCAUCCAAGAACAAGCCACAGCUCAGGGAGGGUUUUACAACAGUGCCGAAUUGGGCUUAUUACUUUCCCAUAAAGUUGAAGCCCAAUUAUCUUUGGGUAAUAAGCCCUAUCUUGGGAAAAGACGGAGAUGUGAUACGGAGCCUUCAGGAGAACCUGUGAAACAAGCUUGCAUAUUACCUCAUGAGGCAAUUGGGCAGCCUUGUUCUUCAGCCCAAUUACAAGAAUCCCUAGCCUUGGGAAGAUCCGAGUUCCACAAGAUCGGCUCUGACCAUUGCCCUUUGGUCCUCUGCUUAAAGGCCAUCCCUACCAUUAUAAAGAAGCAAUUCCGAUAUGAACUGAAGUGGCAACUUCAAAAUGGCUAUGAUGGAGCGGUGAUUCAAGGAUGGUUGACCAACCGGGUUGGAUCCCCUCUUUUUAAAAUGAUUACGAGGCUUAUCCAACCAUCAGUUAUUGCAGAAAUGAAUCAUGAGCUAUGUUGUUCUGUCUCAGAUGAUGAAAUUCGCUCCAUUGUGUUCCAACUAGGAGCGUUUAAGGCUCCAGGAGUGGAUGGAUUCUCAGGAUGCUUCUACCAACAACACUGGGAUAUGGUUGGCCCUGAUGUAUGCAAGGCAGUUCGACACUUCUUUGAUCACAGCUUCAUGCCACGAGAGAUGAACAAGACUAGAAUUGUUCUUGUCCCCAAAAUUCAGAAUCCUGAGUUUGCUUUUAUACCUGGUCGGGCCAUCCAGGACAAUAUCUUGAUUGCACACGAAGCCUUUCACAGGCUGCAACUUAAGAAAUCUGGUAAGCAUAAUGUGUUGGCUUUGAAAUUAGAUAUUCGCAAAGCUUAUGAUAGUGUUGAUUGGCACUGUUUGGAAAGUAUAUUGAAAGCUCAUGGCUUCUGCGAGAAAUGGACCCAGAUGGUGAUGCAAUGUGUCUCCACAGUAUCUUACACAAUAGGAAUUAAUGGCAAUCAAACCCCUUUCUUUGCUCCCCAACGAGGACUCCGACGAGGAGACCCGCUAUCCCCAUAUCUUUAUCUCUUUAUCGCUGACAUUUUAUCCCGUCUCUUAUUAACAGCGACAGCGGAGAAGAAGAUUUCAGGCUACAAGAUUCGAAGAAGAAGCCCAACAAUUAGCCACCUCCUUUUUGCAGAUGAUUCCUUGGUUUUUUGCCGAGCUACAGCCCAGGAGCAACAGGAUGAGAAGAAAGUUUGUUGGGUGGGAUGGGACCGACUGACUCAAAGCAAACAUGAUGGCGGUAUGGGAUUUAAGGACCUCCAUUGUUUUAAUAUAGCUAUGUUAGCCCGGCAGGCUUGGAGGAUAUUACAAAAUCCUAAUGCCCUAUGGGUUCGAGUACUAAAAAGUUUAUACUUUCCAAACUCCUCCUUUUUUGAUGCAAGGAAAGGAAGUCACCCAUCGUGGGCGUGGUCAAGUAUUCUGCAUGGAAGGAACCUUGUUCAACUCGGAGCAAGAUGGAAUGUUGGCAAUGGACAAGACAUUUUGAUCUACCAUGACAAAUGGGUUCCCACCUUACCUGGAUUCAAGGUAACUUCUCUCCCGACAAAUAACUCUGUCUUUUCGUAUGUAUGUGAUUUGUUUGAUGAUCAUGGGGACUGGGCUGCCCCUAAACUCAAUCAACUCUUUAGUAGUGAGGAAUGUUGGGAAAUCCUUAAAAUUCCAACUGGCUCUUGUUGUGACUCUUUUAUCUGGCACUAUGAUAGAUAUGGAAGAUUCUCAGUUAAAAGUGCUUACCUCCUUGCAAUUCAUACUAGCCAAGAAACUCAUCCGAAUCAUGUCAAUCCAACCUUUUCUUCAGCUGAAUGGAAGCAUUUAUGGAAACUGAAAGUACCUCCGAAGAUCCGGGUUUUCUUAUAGAGGGUCAUUCUCAACUCUUUGCCUUCAAUGGACAAUCUGGUAAAAAGGGGGAUUGUUCAAGAGGCGUUAUGCCCCUUUUGCCAUUUAACUGAUGAAACUAUUAUGCAUUUGCUCUUCUAUUGCCCUCAUGUCGAACCAAUUUGGUUUGGUUCAGCCUUGGGUCUUGACCCGCGACAACUGGGGGUGGAUUGCUUUGUGGGUUGGUGGAGGUUUAUUAAGAAUGUCUCGAAGCAGAUGCACCUUUCUUCUCUGAUUGAUUAUUGUGCUGUUGUUUGCUGGCAUAUUUGGAAAGCA